CCCUGAAACUUCCAUAGCAAAUAGCAAGCAUCCAGCUAGACGCAAACGCGCAGCCCCUCCCGGCGGGCAGCGCACUAUGCGGUUCAAGUGGGCGUCCCUGCUGCUGCUACUGCUGUGCGUGUCCUGCCUGUCCCUGGCCACUGACUGCCCCGCGGCGGCACCUGCCCAGGAUAAAACCAGGCAGCCUCGGACUGCUGCAACAGCCUCCCAGCCCGGCCAGCGGCAGGGGGAGGAGGCGCAGGCGCGGGGCCGUCCGCGGCCACUGGCCAGGCAGCGUAGGAGCAGCGGGCUGGUGCUGAAUAUAGACCAGCUCUACUCUGGCGGUGGCAAGGUGGGCUACCUUGUCUACGCGGGCGGCCGGAGGUUCCUGCUGGACCUGGAGAGGGACGACACAGUGGGUGCUGCUGGUGGCAUCCUUACUGCAGGAGGGCCGAGCGCAUCCCCUAGCCACCGGGGUCGCUGCUUCUACAGGGGCACUGUGGACGGCAGCCCUCGAUCCCUCGCUGUGUUUGACCUCUGUGGGGGUCUCGACGGCUUCUUUGCAGUCAAGCACGCUCGCUACACUCUGAAGCCGCUCCUGCGUGGGUCCUGGACAGAGGCAGAGGCUGGAAGAGUUUACGGGGAUGGGUCUUCGCGCACCCUGCACGUCUACUCCCGGGAGGGCUUCAGCUUCGAGACUCUGCCACCACGCGCCAGUUGCGAGACUCCAGCGUCCCCAUCUGGACCCCAAGAUCGCCCCUCGGUGCAAGUGCACAGUAGUACUAGGCGACGCUCAGCGCUUGCCCCACAGCUCCCAGACCAGUCAGCUUUCUCAGGAGUUGGGGACUCAGGAAUUCAGACGUGGUGGAGGCGGAGGCGCCGGUCCAUCUCCCGGGCCCGCCAGGUGGAGCUCCUUUUGGUGGCUGACUCCUCCAUGGCGAGGAUGUAUGGUCGGGGCCUGCAGCAUUACUUGCUAACCCUGGCCUCCAUCGCCAACCGGCUGUACAGUCAUGCUAGUAUCGAGAACCAUAUCCGCCUGGCCGUGGUGAAAGUAGUGGUGCUGGCCGAUAAGGACAAGAGUCUGGAGGUGAGCAAGAAUGCAGCAACGACCCUCAAGAACUUUUGCAAAUGGCAGCACCAACACAAUCAGCUAGGCGAUGACCAUGAGGAGCAUUAUGAUGCAGCCAUCCUAUUCACCCGAGAGGAUUUAUGUGGGCAUCAUUCAUGUGACACCCUGGGAAUGGCAGACGUUGGGACCAUAUGUUCUCCGGAGCGCAGCUGUGCCGUGAUUGAAGAUGAUGGCCUCCACGCAGCUUUCACUGUGGCUCAUGAAAUUGGACAUCUACUUGGCCUCUCUCAUGAUGAUUCCAAAUUCUGUGAAGAGAACUUUGGUUCCACAGAAGACAAGCGUUUAAUGUCUUCGAUCCUCACCAGCAUUGAUGCAUCCAAGCCCUGGUCCAAAUGUACUUCAGCCACUAUCACGGAAUUCCUGGAUGAUGGUCAUGGAAACUGUUUGUUAGACCUACCACGGAAGCAGAUUCUGGGUCCUGAGGAACUCCCAGGACAGACCUAUGAUGCCACCCAGCAAUGUAACUUGACAUUUGGGCCUGAAUACUCUGUGUGCCCUGGCAUGGAUGUCUGUGCCCGGCUGUGGUGUGCUGUGGUACGCCAAGGCCAAAUGGUGUGUCUGACCAAGAAGCUGCCUGCAGUGGAGGGCACACCCUGUGGGAAGGGCAGAAUCUGCCUGCAGGGCAAAUGUGUGGACAAAACUAAGAAAAAAUAUUACUCGACCUCAAGCCAUGGAAACUGGGGAUCCUGGGGCCCCUGGGGCCAGUGUUCUAGGUCGUGUGGGGGAGGAGUGCAGUUUGCCUACCGCCACUGCAAUAACCCUGCACCUCGGAACAGCGGCCGCUACUGCACAGGGAAGAGGGCCAUCUACCGCUCCUGCAGCGUCACACCCUGCCCACCUAAUGGUAAAUCUUUUCGUCAUGAGCAAUGUGAAGCCAAAAAUGGCUACCAGUCUGAUGCCAAAGGAGUCAAAACAUUUGUGGAAUGGGUUCCCAAGUAUGCAGGCGUCCUGCCAGCAGAUGUAUGCAAACUUACCUGCAGAGCCAAGGGCACUGGCUACUAUGUGGUCUUUUCUCCAAAGGUUACAGAUGGGACUGAAUGUCGGCCAUACAGCAACUCUGUGUGUGUCCAAGGAAGGUGCGUGAGAACUGGCUGUGAUGGCAUCAUUGGUUCAAAGCUGCAGUAUGACAAGUGUGGAGUGUGUGGAGGAGACAACUCCAGCUGUACAAAGGUUAUUGGAACCUUCAACAAGAAAAGUAAGGGUUAUACUGAUGUUGUGAGGAUCCCUGAAGGAGCAACCCACAUAAAAGUCCGCCAGUUCAAAGCCAAAGACCAGACUAGAUUCACUGCUUACUUAGCUCUAAAGAAGAAAUCUGGCGAGUACCUUAUCAAUGGCAAGUACAUGAUCUCCACUUCAGAGACAAUCAUAGAUAUCAAUGGCACAGUCAUGAACUACAGCGGAUGGAGCCACAGAGAUGAUUUUUUGCAUGGGAUGGGCUAUUCAGCCACAAAAGAAAUUCUGAUAGUGCAGAUCCUGGCAACAGACCCAACAAAAGCACUAGAUGUCCGCUAUAGCUUCUUUGUUCCCAAGAAGUCCACUCAGAACGUAAACUCUGUCAUUAGCCAUGGCAGCAACAAAGUGGGAGUACAUACCCCACAGCUGCAGUGGGUGACAGGCCCAUGGCUGGCCUGCUCUAGGACCUGUGACACUGGCUGGCACACCAGAACUGUGCAGUGCCAGGAUGGAAAUCGGAAAUUAGCAAAGGGAUGCAUUCUCUCUCAAAGGCCUUCUGCAUUUAAGCAAUGUUUGCUGAAGAAAUGUUAGCCUGUGGUUUGCUCUUAUGCACAAAGAUAACUGGAGGAUCAUCGUAGACACAGUUGUGGUGAAGACAAGGCCUACGAAAAGCACAAAAAGGUGGGCCUCCACGUCAUUGUCACCAGGAGUCAAAUUAUGGGCAGAAUCUGUUCUUUGUGACCAAAAGAUGUGUACUACUUAAACAUCAUGCUGGUGACCUUCAAAAAUAGAAAAAAAUGGGAGUUUUGGAACAUCUUUGGGCCUACGCAAAAGAGACACGCAAUGAUGAAUGUAGAAUCGGGGACAUUUGAAGAUGGCAGAGAAAUCUUGUCACCUACCUCUUACAGAAUGUCUUCAAAGGCAUCAUGAUCAUGUUCAGCCAUGACAUACAGUUUAUUUUUACUGUCUGUAAAUGCAUCCAUUCUUGGAAUGUCACUUUAUAUACUUGGUUCUAUUAAUAUAUAUAUACAUAUGUAUAUUUCAAUAACAAAGUAUUUGACCAAAGUAGGUCUGCAGCUAUUUCAUCUAUUAGUUUCCAGAAAGAGCUGUGGAAGAUUUACUGGAAAUUAAGAACUUGCUGCUGUUAAUUAAGAUUUUGUAAAUUGUCAGUCUGCAGAACAUAACAUUUCAGUUAAAAAAAAAAAAAAAAACAUUGACAGCAAGCAUCUUUUGAGAAAUUCUAAAAAGGGAAAGGAUCUAUUUGUGUCUGGUCAUUUAACACAUACUCUGGUCCAUGUACUAAUCUUUGACCAUCUGUAAUGAUUUUUCAGGCAGCCAGCCAAAUCAUUGUAUCAUUGAGGUGCAGAAACUAAGUUUUUCUGUGUAUAUGUGAUCAGUAUCCAAGGCUCUGAAAAUUAGUUUGCUUAUAUUGGAAUUUAAAAGAAAAAAAAAAAACAUGUCACUGUGUUUUCAGUUUGUAUUUUCACAGCUACUACUGUCUCUGCCUCCCAGCUAAUAUCUCACGAUGUGCAGUAAACACACAGAACACAGCGUCCUCAUCUGUCACCACCAGCAGCACCUUCAGUACCAGCAUACCUCUUCUCAACCAACCUUAACAUGUUCAUGUUUGCUUGCUUGUUCUUCCUAAGGGCUGGAAAAGACUUAUGUUUUGUAUUGACUGGGUCUAAUGCUAAUAUUAAAAUCAGUUCAUGUUUAGCCUGACCUAGAAGGAGCAAUCGGUAUUAAUUCAAAUAGCUCAAGAAACCAGACUGGUUAGCAUUAAUAAGACUGUUUCCACAUCAUAGGUAAUCAUCUCAUAAUUUAAAAAAUAUAAUCAUAUACCUACUGUAUUAGAGAAUUUUCCCAAUUGGAAAGGGUUCGACUCUACCAGUGAGUUUGUAAGUGAUGAAUGUAAGGGUUUUCAGGAAGUCUUUCACCUGCAUAGGAAGGUUAAACAUUGAAAAUGCUUAAUAAUAAUCAUACACAGAAAAUCUCCUUUAGACUAUACACUGCACAACCACCUCUAAUAAUUCAAAUAAUAAGGGUUUCAUUCCACUGGGAUUUCUUUUUUGUUUGUGAAAUACUGCAAAGUAUUUGAUGUAAAUUUUAUAGUGAUCAUACCAAAUGUGCCUACUGUUAAAGAUUUACAUAUAAGGACUUUAAGAAAUCCCUGCUGGAAUUCCACUAAAUGUAUAAGAGUUUAUUUUUAUUAUAAGAUAUUUUAAUAUAAAAAUUAUGUAAUUAAUUACCCUAUAUCACCUUUAUUUCAGCAGACCAGAAAAAUGAGAAUCUUACUUAGUUUUUGUUGUUGUUAUUGUUUGUUUGUUUUAAGAAAUUACUUUUGGAAACAGAUAAAUGCCCUCCUAAAGCAAUCAUCAACCAUUAGAUUCUCAAUGCAUGGUCUCCUUACAUCAAAAAAUUCAGCCAAACUCGUAGCCUAUAUUUGUUGGAGGUAUAAAAACAGAGCAGGGAAUGAAUCUAGUCAAAUUGGUCAUAAUACAAAAGGUUAAAUAUCACAUUGAUUAUUUAACUGCAUAGAGAGAAUAAAGUUUAAUGUACCUUUUUUCUAAUUUUGAAAACAAUAUGAACCAAGUAGCUCAAACAUGACAAAAAUCCUAUUUUAUCUUUUGUGAUUACAUUAAAAGAAAAUAAAUGAAAAGUAAAUGUGAUUGUCUCCUACUCUGCCUCCUUAUAUGAUCUUCAUAGUUUUUUAAUAAUAUUUUUCUCUAAAAUAAUGAAGUUUUACACUUCACAUGAAAUAAACCUAGAGAGGAUAGAACAAAUAAACCACUAUUCUAUGUCUGAAGGGAUUUUCUCUACUCUUUAAAAUGACUACCUUACAUUGACAAAGGAGUAUGAAAAAACUCCUAAGGAAAGAAAACACAGCAAACUGAGAUUAAGAAAAAUGGAGUUUCAAACAGGGAAAGAAUAAUAAGUGAGGGGGAAACCCAUAAUGAACUCCAGUUCAGUCCAGUCUGAUUUGUGCUGUGUCUUCCAUCUUCCCAUUGUAUAUGUUGAUUUUUUUUUUAAAGACCUUGGAUUUAGGAUAAUGGAUAAAUGAGGGUGACAUAGAAAAAGUCAAUGUCUCAGGUUUCAAAACAUCUAUCUCACUUGCAUAAAGAAUCAUUCCAGAGUGAGUUUCAAUAAGUGCAGGAGAGCCCAGAACAAAGCAGCAUCGUUCCCUUUUAGAAAAGCAAAUGACACAUUAGCCCUUCUUAUUGCUUGGAAGUGUAAGACCAUUGUUUUAAUGUAUGUAACAGAUUCAACAUCUAUUGCCUUCCUGUGGAAACAAUUUUAAACUAAGAACUGAGGGAUGAAUCACAAACAAACAGAAUAAAAAGUUGCAGCACUGAAAAAAAAUAAGUAACUUAUUGUUUUGCAACUGCUAUGUGAAUUUCUGUGAUGAGAUUAUUUAUUCUUAUUUAACAAAGAUUAUGUGCAAAUUCUUUUAUAUUUAUAUGUUUUGCUAUUGUCCUAUUUUUUUAAUUUAUGCUUUUUGUUUGUGUAUAAAGUGCACUUUUUGAGUUUAUAUACUAUACAGCUCUGGUGGCUUUUGUAUUUUGUUUUUACAGAGGGCUUUCUGUGUGAAACAGGUGUAUGUAUAUAUAUUCCGCAUGUGUUUUUAGUCUGCCACACUCUUAAAUUUAAUCUUCCAUUGCUAGUAUAUUCCUUACUUAUCACUUUGUUAAUAGGUCAUUUAAAUGCCAUUAAUAUUGGCUUUUUCUGGUCAUAAGUUCUAAAAAUGUAUACUUAAUUAAGCAAGCUACAAGUUUUUAACUAGAGGACAUAUAGACCUUACAAACACCCUGCAGAAGCUAAGACACAAUGGGUAAUUGGGUUUGAAAAUAGGCAUAAGUACAUGCCUGCACCCCCAGCACUUAGGAGGCUAAGGGAGGAAGAAUAUGAAUUUGAGGUCAGUCUUUGAUACAUAGCAGAUCCCUAUUUUGGAAGAAGAAACAGAAUCAGUUUCUUUCACAUCGCUGAUAAAUAUAUUCAGGGAGCUGUUAACGUAUCAUAUGAAAGCUAUGUACACUUCUGUUAUUUGAAUUCUAAAUGAAUUGAGAAAUGAUAAGCACAAAGACUUCCAGCUUCAAAAACAGGUCCCCCAAAUACUGUGACUUAGUCCAUGCUAUCUAUAGAGGAUCUACAGAUUAUCUCAAACAAAUUGGAUUUGUGUAAUUUGGUUAAUGCAACUUUGGCUAUGGGUGUAGUUGUACACUAUAGAAUGUGACCUCUUAGUACUACUGUCAAAUGGUCCAGAGCGAAAGGAUCUGGAACUAGCAGGGACAACUCUAGGAACAGUAGCUCAUCUGCGAUGUUUCCAUAGUCCAGUUCUAGCAAUAGGUUCACGCAUUCCUGUUACCCACUGUACAACUGGCUGGGUCCAUCCCUGGCUCUGAUGUUGCUCAAUUAAUAACUACCUUGUUAGCAAGUUAACGGGUCAGUCAGCAUAACAAGUGAGAACUAUAAGAAGGUUCAGAAGCCCAUAGUGUGCACUAUGACUACAGCUAAUGGUUAGAAAUAUAAGUGCAAUACUUAUUUCUACCCCCAGAGAACUCUGCAAAACAGCACUGCCAUCACGCAUGAAUACCACAUCUCCUUAUAGAGAAACGGGGUCAAACGAAAUUUAUUACAUUUUUUGAGUCUUUCAUGGCUACAAAAUAAAAUAAAUGACCACAAGAACACAAUGGAUCCUUCAAGGCAGAUGCAAAACCAUGUUAAAAGGUUUAUCAUUGAACACACACACACAAAGGAACUUGUGUGGUUUCUGUAUUAUUUUUCUCAUUGUCCAACAGUCCACAGUUCUAAAGAAUGAAACAAGUAGAUUAUCCUGACUGAACAGUCCUGUAAAAAUGUGAUAAUAAUCCCUUAUUAACAUAAAGCACACACAUGGCUUUUUUAACCAUAUUAUCACAAAACACAUAAGUCUACAAUCAAUCCAUAAAUUCUUCUCAAUCAAACUUUGAGAAUACAUUGCAAUAUAGGUCCAUGCACUAUUCAGUCAAUAAACAGGAAUAAAAACAUUGAAAUCAGUAUAAAAAAUUUCCACCUAACAAAUUAUUGCUGUGGGAUAUAAUUCUAGAGCAGGUAUUAUGGGGGGUAUAAUUUGGCACUUAUGUAUGUGGAGAGAGAAUACAACUUUGACAUACACAUUUAUUGUGAUCUAUUAAUAUAUCAGCACAUUUUAAAUGUUUGCUCUCUGGCCCCUACCUUAUGACUCUCCUAAUCAGCAUGUGUGGACUUUAUAGGUUAAGAGAAAAAAAUAACACUGCCCUAUCCAAUCCAUCCCGCUUUUAGGCAACACCCCCAGUGACACAGAACUCCAACGAGACAUGUCCUCAGACUUCAGUUUUUAACUUCAUUUUUCUUUGCUGUGUCCAGUGAGAAACUGUUAUUGUAGCAGAGGUGCUGACAUCUUUAGUGAUGACUGUCAAAUAUAGUAUUUCUGACUUCAGUUUUAGUUUCAACAAGAUUCUAGAGACCUCCACUCUUCUUGUCAAGGCCAGACACAAUUUAAUCCUCAGAGUUUGAAAAAUCCACAUACCUACUGGCCAUUCUAACUGAAGGUAUAUCUGAGGGCACUUAAGAUGUCAUCAAAACUUGAAGAGAGGCAGGUGUGAGUUUGGUCUCCGUGAUUCUGAGUUUCUAAGAUAUCAACAGUCCACUGAAACUUCUGUGUGUAGAUUAUUAUUUUUUCUUUAUUACAGUUUAUUCACUUUGUAUCCCAGCUGUAGCCCCCAACCCCCCCAUGCCCUUCUCCUAGUCCACUGAUAGGGAACGUCCUCCUCUCCUUCUAUCCAACUCUAGCCUAUCAGGUCUCAUCAGGACAAGCUGUAUUAUCUUUCUCUGUGGCCUGGUAAGCAUGCCCUUCCCCAAGAGGGAGGUGAUCAAUGAGCUAGAAAUGUAGAUUAUCUUUUUAAACAUUGUAAUAUUUCAUGCCAUGCUCAACAUUCAGUGCCUAGAUCUCAACCUCUUCCGAAUCCUUAUAUUGAAGUAUUGGUGCCUAUACAGAAUAUAUAUUGAGAAUAGGGGGUUUCACUAAUGUGUAAGACUGUACAGCUAGACUUCUGACAGAGAAAUGCAUGGUCCUUGCAUGCCAGUACUUCAGUGUAUACUCAGAUGUGCAUGGACAUGGCUGGUUCGGCUUACUAUCGUCAGGAGCUAUGUAAUAAACACUGCUUAUAUUUUAGUAGCGACUUAUUGGUUGGUCAGUAGGAAGUAUACACAGCUUUGAGAAUAGAUAUUUCCAAGCAAAGUCAAUUGCAGGAAUGUAUCCCAUUUGACAUAAGCAGUGGUACCAAUACUGAAACUUCUAUAUUAGUAUCUAUGAAUAAGGUCAAGUAAUAAACCUGAGUCUGCAUAACUCACACUUUUGAAGUCUUAAAACACAUUUCCCUGGUAAGAAAAAAGAAUAGGGUUUCACAUGCCUCCACUUUCUGGAAAUGAUGGCAUGUGAUGCAGUUGAAUGAACAAACAAUCAUGGGAAAGUGAUAAAAACGUCACCUUAGCUAUGACAAACUUCAGGGUGGAACUGGCUCUUUAGAGCACUGCUCUAUCUCAGCCUACAGUCCAUACCAACUCCUUUAUUCAGGAAAACACUUGACUUGGGCUGUUUUUGAUGGACUGUAACAAUUUUUCUUUGAGGAGUAUUAUGCUAUUUUGUAAAGCAUUUUCCUGGUGAAAUUUGACUUUACAUCUAAAUGUUCUUUUGGUGGACCUAAUAAAUAGAACUUGUAAACUA